AUCAGAUGAGUCGAUAAAAAAGUAUUUACAACUUUCAAUUGAAAUUCGUGUGUAUAUCAGCAUGUUAUAGGGAAGACUAAAUAUUUCGGUAAGAAGUAUCAUUAUUAUAUUUUUAAGAGUCAAAUCAGAAAACGUGAAUAAGUAUAAGUUUUUCAGAUACUUUUUGACUAUGCUCCUAAUAUUCUAUCAUAUAAAAAACUUGGAAGAUUGGAAGUUUAUUUGCAUUGUAAAAAUCGUUGGAUCUCCAAGGAUAAUACACUGAUCCACCAUUUUAUUUCCAGAGAUUAUAAAAUAAUUACUAACUUAUUUGAAUAUAGUGGUUGAAAAAUAAUUAAAAAGUGUUUAAUCACCUUCUCGCUUUAAUAUCAUCAUCAUACAUUGCUGCAGUUGAAAUAAAAUUAACAGAGUAUGUACCAAAACAGUUAAAAUGCUGCCUGACGAAUGGGUGGUUAAGCUGCUCAGAUUUCUAGACAUAGGUCAAUCAGAGGCAAUGAAAUUGUCAACAAUCUUGUCAAACUUAGAGCCAUUCAACAACAGAAAGGGCAGAUUAAGAAACACCUAAAAGGCAAAAACUGAAAAAAUGGAUCCAGUCAUAUGGCUACAAAUAAACCAAAGCUUCGUAGGUGGAACAAACCCCUAAGAUUGAGCAACUGAAGCAUUGUAGCUAAUGACGGGACACAAAAACUUUGGUAGACCAAAUGACAGUCGCAAGUCCUUUAUCAUAAAUACAAUACAGGCAAGUUAACUCAACAGGACUGUCAUUGGUGGGGAAUAGAGGAGGAAAAUAUUAUUCACCUCCUGUGCUCAGGAGAUGAAUAAUAGGAGGUGCUCAACAGGACUGUCAGGAAGCCAGCGAUGCCCGGAAGAUCUCUUUUCCUGGUUGUAGCCAAUGCGAACGAGUUGACUACAUAGGGGUUACCCAUUAAAAGGUCUCCUCAUUCUUGGUAAAAAGUAAACGCCGUCUAGUAUCUAAUUAUUCAUACAUUUUUAUUUACUAAUAGUGCUUCAUCUUAGAGAGUCUCAUCACUACUUUUAUAGUUCACUGCACAAUAUUUUCGUCAGAAUCACACAUCACCAAUGUCGAUGUCAAUCAUACUGUCGAUUCCUUAAUACUGCAUUUUGUGUAUUGCACUAAAUGUUUAAAAAGGAUAUGAAUAAGUUUUUGUGUAAAUGUGAUCAUUUACAAAAAUUGGACUUUACACCAUAGCAGUAAUUCCAUCAUUGUUCAUUUAAAUUUUGAAAUUACGUCAUUUAAUAUUGACACAAAUAUAUUGGGACCAUAGAAUACUUUGCUUAUCUCAUGAUUUGCUAUAUUUAUUGAGUUUAGUAGAUAUAAUUCAUACCUGCGAAUAAGUGAAAUCAAACAUACCUACUUUUUCAAAAAUGAUACAGCUAAAUUGGCGUGCCCUUUUAUUUAUUAUUUUACCAAACAUUGGCGGUAUCGCCGGCGCUUUUAUUACAAUAAGUAGUAUCGAAUCAUGGUAUGAGAAUUUAAUAAAACCAAACUGGAGACCUCCAAACUGGGCGUUUGGUCCUGUUUGGACAAUCUUGUAUAGUGGAAUGGGAUACGCUUCAUAUUUGGUAUACAGAGAUGGAGGAGGCUUUAAUGGAGCAGCAAAGCUACCACUAAUAGUUUAUGGAACUAAUCUAGCAGCUAAUUGGGCUUGGACACCAAUAUUCUUUGGUAAAAAAGACCCACAACUGGCACUUAUUGAACUGCAGCUUGUAAACGUUACUGCUAUUGGUAUGGUAUAUCUUUUCUAUAAAAUUAAACCAACUGCUGGUUACUUAAUUGUACCAUAUUGUCUUUGGCUGGGUGUUGCAACAGCUUUGAAUUAUUGCAUUUGGAGGGAUAACUGAUCUGAAAGGAAACUAAAUGUUCAAUAAUUUUUAAUUUUCAUUGUUUUUUUAGACAUCCUUAAUCCAUUUUACUUUAUAUUCAUUAAUAUACAGUUAUUUUAAUAAAAAGUUUAGUAUAUUCUCAGUGUCUUUCAGUUUAAAUUUACCAAUAAUUUGUUUCACAGUCCUUUUAUUAGGUUGUUGCCUAACUCAAUAUUUGGUAAAAGUUUACUAAAAGAUCUACCAAGCGUUUUUGAAAAAUUUUGAAUAUACGAGGGUUGCUACUUGAGUUUUGAGACAUGGCAACACUGAUGUCAAUAUGUCAAUUCUGACAUUGCUAUCAUAAAGAAAUCCUAGUUGAAAACCGGCUGAGCUUACAAAAAUAUCGAAUAUACAUAUAGCACAAAAGGUAGAGCAGAAAAUAUCAAAUCUAGUAACUACGUGGAUGAACCCAACAGCUGCAAAAGAGCGGUUAUUUGCAGUACUCUCCACAAUAUGCUUUUGUAUAGGACCCCAGUGUGAAAAAAGGCUCUCGUGACUAGAAGAACCAAUACAAUACUGAGUAGAUAUCAAACGAACAGACGUUAGCGGUAGCAUAAGCAUUCAGAACAACCUUAGGUGUUGCAUUGAGAACGUACAAAACAUAAGAAAAAGGAGAGCCAGAAAAAAUUUAGGUUUGUUCUUGGUACCUGCACUGGAACUAUACUGAACUGAACCAGUGUAGACCAGGUCAUGAGUGUAUAGAAUUAGUUCCAUCGUAUACAAAGAACAAUAUAGUCCAGAGAGGAAUGGAGCAUUUGUUGUUUGUUGUAUUUGAGGUUAUUUGAAGUGAUUCAGGACGUGUAGUAUUAACAAUAAUGGAAAACAAUUUAGUACUUUUUGAUAUUUUACAAUCGUCCAAUAAUGAAGAUCUUUUCCAGAUUACACUUAUUACAUUGCACUGGCUGAACUGACUCUAGUCCCAGUGCAAGCAGUUCAGUGAACUGGGUGAACUAAUUCUCUUGCACUGCUACUAAGAACAGCAACCCUAGCGCUGAUUCUGCUACAAAGAACGCUUUAGUGUACACUUCCUGAACUAGUUCUGCCAGUUCAGCUACCAAGAACAAACUGCAGAAAUGGAUCCAGUCAAAUAGCUAGAAAUAAACAAAAGCUUCGUAGGUCAAACAAACCCCUUAGAUUGAGCAGCUAAAGCACUGUAGCUAAUGACAGGACACAAAAACUUUGGUAGACCUAAUCACAGUCGCAAGUCUUUUAUCAUAAAUACAAUGCAGGCAAGUUAACUCAACAGGACUGUCAUUGGUGGAGAAUAGAGGAGGAAAAUAUUAUUCACCUCCUGUGGAACUACCAAGCUCGUAUCAACACACGGAGGAAAAUACUAGGAUUUGACUAGUACGAAAGCAUUGUCUUGAAGCUAGCGAUGCCCGGGGGAUCUCUAUUCCUGCUUGGGGCCAAGGCGAACGAAGUCACUGCAUAGGGGUUACCCAUCCAAAGGCCUCCUCAUUCUCGGUAAAAAAUAAACGCUGACUAGUAUCUAAUUGCUCAUACUAUCGAAGCUAUAUUCAAAUGUAUCAAUAAUUAUGUAAAUUAGUAAGCACAUCAUAAAAUCAUUCAUUACCUAUUUAUGAGAGAUCAAAAUAUUGUUUGGACUUUUUCAUAUUAGCUAACGUUUUGUCGCUAUCCUCUCUAAUUAAUAAACAUAGCAAUUUGAUUUUCAUCUGAUUAUUCGUUCAAAUCUGUAGUUGUGAAUAAUGAAAUGAAAGUAACACACGCAAAUAAUUUCUAGCUGUAUAUUCUACAAGAAUUUAUGGAUAUUUGUGUAGUUAUAAACAUAACUUUCCAAUCGUUGCUAUUUUAACCAUUUGUCUAAUCAGCUAACCUUAUCAGUACUACUAAACACCUAGGUGUGUUAACGAUAAGCUUAUAUUCGAAUUUAUCAAUUGUACUAUGAUUUUCUUAAUUCCUUAUGUUUAUUUUCAUCUACUGGUUUGCUGGGAGUUUAUUAUGACAGACAUGCAAAGAAAAAGUAUUUAAUAACGAUACCAAGAAGCCACCAAUAGAAAUUCAUUAUCAAAAGAUCGAGUUGAUAAAAAAAGUAAGGCCUUGUCAUUCUUUAGAGUAUUUUUAAAAAAAAACUAGAAAUAAGACCAUCCAUAAGAUCGAUAUUUGCGUCAUCAAUUAUGUAAGACGUCGAUCGUCUACGAACUUUUAUAUUUACUAAUAGCCAAAUCAAGGAAUUCCCUCACAAAUGGAAAUCAGCUAAUACCACCAAUUAUUGCGGAGGUCCUCAACAAUGUAAUGCACAAGCCGGUAUUAUGUUAUAAAGAGCAGGUUAUCUGUCCAGUUGGAAAGGUCCGCAUUAACUGCAAAAAAACUUUGUUCUUAUGAUAUUUUCAAUGUAGUAAUUAAAAUGAAAAUAUAUACGAAAAA